AUGAUGACCGGUACACGCGGCUUUGCAUCGUGGAAGACGUCAUCCAAGCCUACCUUGCGCUGGCCAUUGGGAAAAAAACCAACGCUCUUCUCUCAUUUCUACUCACCCGGAUGGCGUCUCAGCGAGAGCACAAAGUCAGUCAUCGCUGACACAGCGAACCCACGUCACCAGCACGUGAAGCGCAAGUUUGAGGCAAAGGACCCGAACCUCCUUUCGACGGCGUCCUCGGCGACUCUGGCCACGUCGCCCAAGCGGACGGUCAGGGUCUGGUGCGUCCGCAGGCUCCGGGCGGCUCUCCGGGAAGAAAUGGAGGCGCGCGGGCUGAACGUGCAGGGCCAGAGGCUGGGGAGCGAUGGCAAGGCGAUCGAGGGGCCCCCGGUGGUGUCGGGCACGUUCCUCAUGACGGCGAACCAGAAGAUGAUCGCGGCAAAGUAUGAGAAGGUGCGCGAGGAGGUAGGAUGGGCUGCGGAUGCGCUGGUGGGGGCGUUUAGGCAGUCGGCCAACGGCAGGGACCGGGAGACCGACUCGAGGGGCGUGAAGAGGGCGUUCGAUACGGAGCGUCGCGGCACGCUGGGCCAAGGCUGGCCGUCGCCAGCGCACAGAGGCAUGGGAAGGUCAUCGCCAGCGGGUAUGGACAGGUCACAUCCAGCGGGCAAAGGCAGACCAUCACCAGAAUUCAAGGGUAGACCAUCGCCAGAAUUCAAGGCUAGACCAUCGCCAGAGUUCAAGGGUAGGCUUUCGUCAGAGUUCAAGGACAGGCGACCGCCAGCGGGAAAAGGCAGAGCACCACGGGCAGGGAUAUAG